AUGCUGCACUGUCGGAUGUCGCUCCGUCCAGAAGCAUCGAAGGCCAACCAUGCUCGAGAUGCUGCGCAUCGUGAGCCUUCACGUCGUACUUAUAGCACCAACGAACAACGCAUGGUGCCGUCACAGCCAUAUCGCAUCCCUUCCCAGCUCCGCGAUCUCCAACCCUUUAAGGACAGGCGAUCUAUGGAACCGAAACGUCGUAGCAUCAUGUCGAAAGCUGGGAUCCUGGACCCGAACAGCCAGCAUGCUCCCGUCGAACGCGACGCGUCGCACCGGGAUGGCUUCCAGAUCGUGUCGCAACGUAGGGUCGAUUUGCCAUCCGAGCAACUUGACUAUUGGCAGCAAAUCAAGCAGGAAGACACGAAGGCCGACACCUUGUUCCCUUCACUGCUUGCCGGUAUUGAACCGUUCAGUCAAUCGAACGUGCAGUCUGCGUUUCGAGCACCCGAAGCGAGCGUCACCACGAAUGGAUGCGAGCCAAACCAAGCCAAUGCUCGACCCUCCAACUACAUUCCGUCGUCGCAAACCUCGUUUUCGCAGACAUCGAUCGACUGGAGUCCACUGGAAGUCUUUCCGAGCACCUCUUUCGCGCCGCUGCGCAAUGCCGAAGCUGGUCGUCUCUUUCAACAACCAUUUCCCUCUCCUUCUUUGCCUCAAUCAAGCUGCGUAAGACCGUCGGUCGAAAUGCAUCCCGCCGACACCAACGCCCCUUUUACUCCAAGGCCUGGCACCUCGGGAGGAGAACUUGGGGAUCGGAACGAGGAGUCAGGCAGGAUCAAGGACAUUCAGGAGAGUAUCCAUUGCUUCUGGCUCGUGUCGGAGAAUAGAAUGGCUCGGAUCCAGGACGACCUGAACGACGUCUCGACUCGGCUCAAAACUUCGUUCGAAGAGCAGAGAAGGAUCGUCUCGCAGAUCGAGCAGAUCCUGCCGCUGCAAGUGCAAAUCGCGCAAAAGGUGGUGCGCGCCGCCGAGGACCGCAAGCUUAUCUUUGGCCGCAUCAAGUCGCUGGAAGAAUCUUCAGCAGCGUCGCAGAAAAACUUCCAGUCCACGCUGGAGGCAAUGCAGGCCGAGCUGCGAGGUGGCAUAGAGUCGUUGCAGGAGAUCGUCACCAAGCCAAAGAGGCUGACGCCUCCGAAGCCAAAGAGCGACGCACCAGUGCCCACCGCAUCGACUACGGCCACGACGACCACGUCAUCCACCAAGAGCACCAAGAGACCGAGUCCUCCGCGCAAGAAGACAAGCCCGCAAGGUGCGAAAAAGGCGAAGCUAGUGUCCGGCGGCGAAGAAGACUGCUCCGUGCCGCCUACACCGCCUCCAUCAGCCGACUCCAGGGUCUCACCUGGCCAAGAGCGCGCGCGCGCCAUCGGCGAGUCGGUUUGUCACCUGCAAGCUAGCUACGAACACCAACAUCACGAGCCGCAUCAGCCGCUCUACCAAAACCAGGCUCGCGCUCGAAGCCUCGGAGGGUGGCAGCACGAAAGCCAGUACCAGUCGCACUCUCAGCCAAUCGCGCCCGGACAUCGUCCAUCAGCUUCGUUUGAUCAGACCCAACUACAACCUAGACCACACACUGCCGCACCUUGUCUGCAUGACGUAAAACAGUCCAUGGGCUCCAUCGAGAUGCCCUUGCACAAGUAG